AUGGUUGCUUGUUUAUAUGACUUUCUCCGCCUAUUUAUUUUCGUACGACCUAGGGUGGAGAGUAGAGCGUGGUUGGUGUCGCACGCCACUUGUGGGUCUAAGAAAAUAAUAGCCAUACGGGCUAUGUUUCCUCCAGUCAAAUAUAUAGAAAAGACUGGCUGGAUAAAUGCAUCUCGUGGUUGCUUGGUCUUCGCAUGCACCAAAUGGUUGAUGGUCAACUUUCGCGAGAUUAGAACGCCGUCUGCUGUGAUCGUCCCGAGAGACAUCAGAGGGGUGCGAAAAAAAAACAUGAUAAGGACUUGA